AUGGGGAAUUUCACCGAAGAUGGUGUACUGGACAUAAACCAACAUGGCACUGAAAAAGGACCCGAUCAAGGAGUGGAAGCAUUUAGACAGAUGCUGUCGCAGCACAUGGUAUCAAUGAGAGGUAUCGAGGGGCCCAGGGGACUCACAGGGCUUCCAGGACCUCAAGGACUCACAGGACCCGAUGGUCAAAAGGGCGAGCCUGGAGACAUUGGAGAAACGGGCCCUCGAGGGACUGCCGGCAUUCCAGGACCUCUAGGCCAUCAAGGGCGACGCGGUCAACCCGGGAGAGAUGGAGAAAGAGGCUUAACAGGUCCAUCUGGAGCGAAAGGAGAGCAGGGAUUGAUCGGGCUGCCUGGGCUUCCUGGGGACAAAGGAGACCGCGGCCUGCCCGGAGCAACUGGUGAGACGGGAUUUCCAGGCCACGAUGGCAUGCCUGGCGAGGAUGGUCCCUCUGGAUCUCCAGGCCUUCCGGGAGAAAUAGUAAGAUUGUUUAUAAUUAUUGAACAAUCUAAAUACUGA